CAACAGCCACUCACCCCCGCUCCGCUCCGCUCCCCAAAUCGACCAAGGCCGAAGCCCUAGCUCGCCGCCGGCGGCCGCCAUUCCCCCCUCCCCCGCACGAGCCGAGCGACGCGGCCUCCGCCCACCCCCUCCGGCGAUGUCCCGGCGGCGGCCGAGGGGCGGGACGCAGCGGAUGGACGCCGCGAUCGACCACUUCGCCAUCAUGGGCUACCGCAAGGCCGACGUCCGCAGCGUCGUCAACCGGCUGCUCAGGGAUGUGUAUGGGAGGGAUGGGUGGCCGUUCCUGGAGGACAGCUGCUACUCCGUCGUGCAGGACGCGCUCUUCGAGAUGCAGGAGGAGCAGGACAGGCUGCAGCUGCAGGCCGUGCAGCAGCCGCAUGAGGAGGAUGGGGAUGACGGUGGUGGUGAUGAUGAUGAUGAUGAUGAAGCUCAGCAACUGGAAGCAGCAAUGAUGGAGCCACCGUCAGAAAAUGCCAUGCCCGUUGUGAUGGUUGACAGUGAGGCACAACCUUCCGAGACUGUGUUAGCCGUUGAGCAAACAGGGGAAGUGAUCCCCAUGAUCAUGGACCCACCUGCUCGCACAGCUGGGCCGCCACAUCCGGCAUCUACAGGAACUGGUCGCACAAGGCGUCCCUGCUAUGGAUGGAUCUCUGAGUCUGAGAGUGACUCGGAGUACGAAGAAUAUCUUGCACGUCGACAGAAGCAGGUGCAUGUCCCGGCCAAGUAGAUGGGUGCAAGUGAAGCCACUUAACAGGGAGGGGGCGGAUCCACGGCGAAAGGAAGCAGGGGAACCGGACUAAUUUGCAGUAUUAAUAUAUUGCUAGUACUAUAUAUAUUGUUAGUAUGAAGAACUGAAUUUGAAUGACACCGUGGCUCUAGUAUAUAAGUAAACCAUGGGCUCUGGAGCAGACACUUGGGGUGACAGGUGCCGCUCCCAUGAAGUAUUUAAGAACAACAUAUAUGGGUGCUUCUGAUUAUAUUUAGGUACUAAUGUGCUAGCGUGGCUUCGCCGUUGAUGUUUGUAUAAAUCGCGACCUUCUUGGCUUGGCCUGACUGAAUAUGUCUGAAUCAUUGUGGUUUGUGGUUUA